AUGAUUGAGACUAUUGAGACACACCCUCAGAGUCUUUUCCUGUUCUUCACCCCCCUGGCCACCAUCUGCCCCCUCCUACCCAGCCCUCCCACCGCUCUGAACCCAGCCCUCCAACCCCUCACAGCCCAGCCCAGACCUCCCACCCCUCACAGCCCUCCUACCCAGCCCUCCCACCGCUCUGAGCCCAGCCCUCCAACCCCUCACAGCCCAUCCCUCCCACCCCUCACAGCCCAGCCCUCCCACCCCUCACAGCCCAGCCCAGCCCUCCUACCCAACCCUCCCACCGCUCUGAGCCCAGCCCUCUAUCCCCUCACAGCCCAGCCCUCCCACCCCUCACAGCCCAGCCCUCCAACCCCUCACAGCCCAGCCCUCCCACCCCUCACAGCCCAGCCCUCUAUCCCCUCACAGCCCAGCCCUCCCACCCCUCACAGCCCAGCCCUCCCACCCCUCACAGCCCAGCCUAGCCCUCCUACCCAGCCCUCCCACCGCUCUGAGCCCAGCCCUCCCACCCAUCACAGCCCAGCCCUCCCACCCCUCACAGCCCAGCCCUCUAUCCCCUCACAGCCCAGCCCAGCCCUCCUACCCAGCCCUCCCACCGCUCUGAACCCAGCCCUCUAUCCCCUCACAGCCCAGCCCAGCCCUCCUACCCAGCCCUCCCACCGCUCUGAGCCCAUCCCUCCAACUCCUCACAGCCCAGCCCUCUAUCCCCUCACAGCCCAGCCCUCCCACCCCUCACAGCCCUCCUACCCACCCUCCAACCCCUCACAGCCCAUCCCUCCCACCCCUCACAGCCCAGCCCUCCCACCCCUCACAGCCCAGCCCAGCCCUCCUACCCAACCCUCCCACCACUCUGAGCCCAGCCCUCCAACCCCUCACAGCCCAGCCCUCCAACCCCUCACAGCCCAGCCCUCCCACCCCUCACAGCCCAGCCCUCUAUCCCCUCACAGCCCAGCCCUCCCACCCCUCACAGCCCAGCCCUCCCACCCCUCACAGCCCAGCCCUCCUACCCAGCCCUCCCACCGCUCUGAGCCCAGCCCUCCCACCCAUCACAGCCCAGCCCUCCCACCCCUCACAGCCCAGCCCUCUAUCCCCUCACAGCCCAGCCCAGCCCUCCUACCCAGCCCUCCCACCGCUCUGAACCCAGCCCUCUAUCCCCUCACAGCCCAGCCCAGCCCUCCUACCCAGCCCUCCCACCGCUCUGAGCCCAGCCCUCCAACUCCUCACAGCCCAGCCCUCUAUCCCCUCACAGCCCAGCCCUCCAACUCCUCACAGCCCAGCCCUCUAUCCCCUCACAGCCCAGCCCUCCAACUCCUCACAGCCCAGCCCUCUAUCCCCUCACAGCCCAGCCCUCUAACCCCUCACAGCCCAGCCCUCCAAUUCCUCACAGCCCAGCACUCCAACCCCUCACAGCCCAGCCCUCCAACCCCUCACAGCCCAGCCCUCUAUCCCCUCACAGCCCAGCCCUCCCACCCCUCACAGCCCAGCCCUCCCACCCCUCACAGCCCAGCCCUCCCACCCCUCACAGCCCAGCCCUCCAACCCCUCACAGCCCAGCCCUCCCACCCCUCACAGCCCAGCCCUCUAUCCCCUCACAGCCCAGCCCUCCCACCCCUCACAGCCCAGCCUAGCCCUCCUACCCAGCCCUCCCACCGCUCUGAGCCCAGCCCUCCCUCCCACCCAUCACAGCCCAGCCCUCCCACCCCUCACAGCCCAGCCCUCUAUCCCCUCACAGCCCUGCCCUCCCACCCCUCACAGCCCAGCCCUCCCACCCCUCACAGCCCAGCCCUCCUACCCAGCCCUCCCACCGCUCUGA